GAGGUGUCGCUGGCGUGACUAUGUUGCCGUUGAAGCCUGUGAUAGCCGUUCUGGCUUUCGUAACCGUCGCUACAGCAGCGAAGCUUGAAACCCUAGAUAAUGCUUCCCUGAGAGCCAUCGACAGCGAGGAGGUGGCGCCGGGCUACCAGCCAAACCAGGUGCCCGUGCAAGGCGACUGGCAGGAGGAGGAGAAGGACGACGACGACGACCUGUAUGACUAUGACUACGAGGAUUACCCGGAGGAAGAUCAUUCCGAAGAGUACCCAAGCCACCAGGAUGACGAUUCGGACGCCGGCGAGUACGAGGACUACGGUGAAGAAGAGUUCGUUGAGCAGGGACAAGGCGUGAGUGACGGCGUUCUCAGGCGCCAGAAGAGGAAGUUGAUCUACGGCGGUGGGGCUUACGGCAGGCGUGGAGGCUCUCGCGGAGGCUCGCCCUACGGACGUCGCCGCAGCAACCAGAACUACCAUGGCCCCGACUACGGCCCGGGCGGCGGCGGUCCCAGCGGCGGCUACUACGGAAGGCGUAGCUCGCCCGUAGCUGCCCCUCCAGCCGGCCGACCACAGUAGCCACGGUGGCCAAGCCGACGGCUCCCCCGAAGAAGAAGAGCGCAGGUAACGUCCAGCCGACGUACAAGAGUAAGACAGGUCGCCGGGAGACGAAGAAGAAGCUCUCGAAGGAGCUGAAGACGGGCAUUGCGAAGUACGCGAUCCUGAACGGGAACGGAAGGGCCGCUGAACACUACCGCGACAUCAUCGGCAGGAAGCUGAGCGAGAAGACGAUAGAGAAGUUCGUGAGGAGGCACCAGAAGAAAAUCAAGAAGAACCAAAAGGGAGAUCAAUAGAGGAAGGCUUGGGAAUGCGUUUCAUGCUGCGCCUCGCCUUCCUGGAAAGGGAGACACACGAGGGAUCAGUUUUGCGAAGCCUUUACCUUCCGUUUCUGAGUACUUUGCAAUAUUUGCAAAACGAUACCUCCCAUAACUGUAGUACCUGUAUUUCAACCUUAGUAUAUCAACAUUGUUAUACCUCAUACGUCGGCCGACAGAUGUCGUCUUGAGUCAAUACUACGCCCUGUAGACCUCGCUUUCUGCUCCUUGAGUCUGUUCCCCUCAAAGCCAUGGCGAUCCGAAGUCCCCUCUGCUUAGCCCUGAUUUUCAAGACACUUCAGCAGGAGACGACAUGUAUGUUGAAGUUAAAAGAUAUGUGGUAUGGAAAGUGCAGGCAGAUUAUUUCUAAAUUUCACUCUAAGGAAAGAGUCUAGCAGAACACUUCUUCUCGUCGUUGCUGAAACUGUUUUAAUAUAUCCUUCCUUAUGGGAUGGAAAAUGCAUGACUAAACUGCUGUAUUUGUAUUGUAUGAAUCAAAUUGUACCGCAAUAGUCUGAAUGGGUUUUAUACCGAAAUUCACCUUUCUGGUUGAACGAUAAUCAAACAAUAACUCACAGAUCAGUUAUUCAUUGAAUUCAUAUCUCAUUAUUUCAUAUGCAAGUUCUAAAUACUUUACUUUUUCACACUGUCAUAUUUGUCUGUGCUAUUUUUUGUUUUUUGUAGGAUAUGUAAUUUUCCCCCUUUUUAUGCCCCGCCUGCUUUGUCUUUUUGUAAGCUAUGUAUGUAUUUACUUGAGUAUGUCUCUCUGUGUGUUUAUAUUCAUAUGACUUGCCAGCAGUUUCUGAAGUUGGCUGUUCAGUUAUACAGAGUCACUGUAUUUUAUCAAAUAGUCGAAGCUAAAU